AUUGAUUAACUGACUCAGUACAACUACAGCUACAAGCCUGCAACAUCAUCAACUACAUCCAUUUCAGACCCAUAAACCUACCUACCAACCAAGAAUACUGGACCCCACCAACCACAAUCUCUCAUUCACCAUCACAACCCUCCAAAUGUCACCUAUAAAAAUUUCUCACUCUUGUUCUUCUUCCUCCUUUGCAUCAUCAUCAUCACAUACUAAAAAGUGUUGAAUUAAUCAAAACAAUAAAAAGACCCUUUUUAGUGUUUUCAAGAGACAACUAUAAUGAUCCUAUCAGAGAAAGAUUGAACCAUGCUUUGUCGGCCAUUCAAACUUCACAUCCCAAAAAAGAUCCUUCCCACUCAUUCUUCAUCUUUUUCUUUUCUGCCUGGAUAUUCAUUUUUUUCUGAUUCAUCAACUUUUCAGUGUCUCUUCUUCAUUUUAUUGCUCCUUAGAUAAAAGGGUUUCUGUUUUGAUUCUAAAAAUCUCAUCUUUUUUGCUUCAGAUCAAAGAUCCUAACUUUUUGUAUCGAAAGGUGAAGUGGGUAUAUUCUAUUUUUUGGAUUUGGUUUCAUUCAUUAACUUUCAUGAUUCUUCUUAAUUUUUCUUCAAAUGGAUUCAUUGAUCCUUAUUGGUGAAUUGGUUGAUCUUUUGAAAAGUGAUGGUGGGCUUUGAAAGGUAUGUGUAUCUUUGUUUUACCAUUGAAUUGUUUCAUUAGGAUAGUAUGGCAUCACAGACACCGAAUGACACCGAUACUAAUACGUCGACACCGAUACAGGUAAAAUAAUUGAAUAAAUUGAACGUAAUCAUAGAUAGAUACCGACAAAGACACACCUUUUUUUUAGUCCAGAAGUGUUGUGCUACAAAGGGCCUUUUAACUCUGUAAUUUUUGUGGUCCCUAACAUUUUCCUAUAAAAAGAAUGUGAAUUUUGAGGUUACAUGGUUACAAAAGAAAUCAUUUUUUGGUUUUAUUUAGAAUAUAAAUCAUGUGGUUAGUUAUGCAAGUGAUUAAUAAAUUGUUUGGUUGUGCAGGUGUUGAUUAUUAAGAUGUCUAGGAACAUGAAGCAUGGAAGAGGUUUUGCAAAAGGAUAUUCUGUUAAUUUGUUGCUACUAUUGAGUUUACUCUUUUGUAGCACAGAAGGGUUGAAUUUAGAGGGUCAAAUCCUCUUAAAGAUCAAGAGUGGACUUCAUGAUAACUAUAAUCUUUUAGGAAAUUGGAAAUCUAGUGAUGAAACUCCAUGUGGAUGGAUAGGUGUAAAUUGCAUUUAUGAAAAUACCAGUGGUAGUGGUAGUGUUAGUGUUAGUGAUCCGGUGGUUAUUUCUCUUAAUUUGAGUUCUAUGGAUCUUUCUGGAACUCUAAAUAGUAGCAUUGGGGGUCUUACCAAGUUAACUUAUCUCAAUCUUGCUUAUAAUGGUUUGACCGGGAACAUCCCGAAGGAGAUUGGUGAGUUGUUGAGUUUGAAAUAUCUUUACUUGAACAAUAAUCAAUUUGAGGGACUGAUUCCGGUUGAAUUAGGUAAGUUGUCUGUUUUGAGAAAUUUGAAUAUUUGCAACAAUAAACUCUCGGGUGUUCUUCCGGACGAGUUUGGAAACUUGUCUUCUUUGGUUGAGUUAGUUGCGUAUAGCAACUUUCUCGUUGGUCCGUUGCCCACUUCUGUUGGAAAUCUUGAGAAUCUCGAGACUUUCAGAGCUGGGGCGAAUAACAUUACUGGUAGCUUGCCGGAAGAAAUUGGCAGAUGCAGGAGCUUGGUACGUCUAGGUCUUGCUCAAAAUCAGAUUGACGGGGAGAUACCGAAGGAGAUUGGGAUGCUCGAAAACUUAAAGGAAUUGGUUUUAUGGGAAAACAAGUUAUCAGGAGUUGUUCCGAAAGAGCUUGGGAAUUGUAGCAGGCUUGAGAUCCUUGCUUUAUACGGAAACAAUCUUGUUGGACCGUUACCUCAUGAGAUCGGGAACUUGAAAUCGUUGAAGUGGUUGUAUCUUUACAGAAAUAAGUUGAACGGAUCCAUUCCAAGGGAAAUUGGAAAUCUUUCUUCAGCUUUACACAUUGAUUUCUCGGAGAACUCAUUGGCAGGCGAUAUUCCUUCGGAGUUCAGCAAAAUCCGUGGUCUAAGUUUGCUCUUUCUCUUUGAGAAUCAUCUAACUGGUGUGAUACCAAAUGAGUUUGGUAGUUUGAAGAACCUGACGAAGCUGGACCUGUCGAUAAAUAAUCUUACUGGUCCGAUUCCGUCCGGUUUUCAAUAUUUGACUCAUAUGUAUCAGCUGCAACUUUUCGACAACAACCUAAGCGGUGUUAUUCCUCAGGGACUUGGACUUUAUAGUCAUCUCUGGGUGGUUGAUUUUUCCGACAACAACUUGACGGGAAAUAUACCUCCUCAUCUAUGCCGAAACUCUCAUUUGAUGCUGUUGAAUCUCGCCGAUAAUCAGCUUUAUGGAAACAUACCAACAGGUAUAUUAAACUGUGAAUCAUUGGCACAGUUGCUUUUGGUUGGUAACAGGCUAAGUGGUGGUUUCCCUUCGGAAUUGUGUAAACUUGAGAACCUUACCGCCAUUGAUUUGAAUGAUAACAGGUUUAGCGGCCCGCUUCCUCGUGAGAUCGCAAAUUGCCACAGUUUGCAAAGGCUUCAUAUUGCAAACAAUUACUUCACAUUGGAGUUGCCUAAGGAAAUAGGAAAUCUCUCUCAAUUGGUGACUUUUAAUGUUUCGUCUAAUCUUUUCACCGGAAGAAUCCCUCCUGAAAUUUUUUGGUGCCAGAGGCUGCAGCGGCUUGAUCUCAGUCAGAACCGUUUUACUGAUUCGUUGCCGAAUGAAAUCGGAACACUUCAGCACUUGGAGAUUCUCAAGCUCUCGGAUAAUAAAUUGUCCGGAAAUAUUCCUGCAGCAUUAGGAAAUCUGUCUCAUUUGAACUGGCUGCUUAUGGAUGGUAAUUUGUUUUCCGGCGAAAUACCUCCUCAGUUGGGUUCUCUUUCGAGCUUACAGAUAGCAAUGGAUCUCAGUUACAAUAAUCUUUCUGGAACAAUACCUUCUCGGCUUGGCAAUCUCAAUAUGCUUGAAUAUCUCUUUCUCAAUAACAACCAAUUGGAUGGCGAAAUUCCGAGUACCUUUAGCGCACUUUCUAGCUUGAUGGGAUGUAAUUUCUCGCACAAUAACCUCUCCGGUCCUAUCCCUUCGACUAAAAUUUUCGAAAGUAUGGCUUUAAGCAGCUUUGUUGGUGGUAACGUAGGCCUUUGCGGUACACCUCUCGUUGACUGCAAUAGUAUUACAGCUUCUGGCUCUAUUCCCUCGGCGAAAGACGGUGAUUCUAAGCGUGCUAAAAUUGUCAUGGUCAUUGCAGCUACCGUUGGCGGUGUUUCUCUCAUUUUGAUUUUGGUAAUUUUAUAUUUAAUGAGACGACCUCGGGAGCCUGUUGAUUCCUUUGUAGACCCCGAAACUCUCUCGCCAGAUUCGGAUAUCUAUUUCCCUCCAAAAGACGGUUUCACAUUUCAAGACCUACUUGAAGCUACAAAAAGAUUUCAUGAAAGUUAUGUCAUUGGUAGCGGAGCAUGCGGAACAGUUUAUAAGGCCGUGAUGAAAUCCGGCAAGACAAUUGCUGUUAAGAAGCUAGCGUCGAAUCGGGAAGGGAACAACGUCGAUAAUAGUUUCAGGGCUGAAAUAUCGACCCUAGGAAGGAUAAGGCAUCGGAAUAUAGUGAAACUGUAUGGAUUUUGUUAUCAUCAAGGUUCCAAUCUCUUACUCUAUGAAUACAUGGAAAGAGGUAGCUUAGGUGAAUUAUUGCACGGUUCUGCAAGUAAUUUGGAGUGGCCGACUCGAUUCAUGAUUGCUCUUGGAGCUGCCGAAGGCCUUGCUUACUUGCAUCAUGACUGUAAACCGAAGAUUAUUCACCGAGAUAUAAAAUCCAACAACAUCCUUCUAGAUGAAAAUUUUGAGGCCCAUGUUGGUGAUUUUGGCUUGGCGAAAGUGAUUGACAUGCCUCAGUCAAAGUCGAUGUCCGCAGUCGCUGGGUCUUAUGGAUAUAUUGCUCCUGAAUAUGCAUAUACCAUGAAGGUUACAGAAAAGUGUGACAUAUACAGUUACGGCGUUGUGCUGUUGGAAUUGCUAACCGGAAAAUCUCCAGUUCAACCGAUGGAACAAGGAGGCGAUCUUGUUACAUGGACGAGAAACCAUAUCCGGAACCAUGACAAUACAUUGAGCUCAGAGAUACUCGAUACUCGUCUUGAUCUUGAAGACCAAAUCACUAUAAACCACAUGCUCACUGUUUUGAAACUGGCUUUAAUGUGCACGAGUAUGUCUCCUAGUAAGCGUCCGUCAAUGCGCGAAGUUGUGUUGAUGCUCAUCGAGUCGAAUGAGCGAGAAGGAAACUUAACGCUUACUCGAACAAACCAUGACCCUCCUCCUACUAAAGAUAACACAUGAAAGUAUGCUGCAACUUCUCUUGAGAGUUUUGUUAACAGAUAUGAUUUUUUUUUCUUUUUCUCUUUUCAAUUCUAUGGUAUUGUUUUCCAUUAGAGAGAGUAGGAUGAUGAUUUUUGUACAUUCUUUCACUUCAUUAUGCUACUAGAGUUGAGAAUUUUAA